AUGGGUGCGUGGGAGCACAAUGGUUCGCCAAAGAAGUCUUUCCUGGUGAAACGCGACAAACAUGGAAUGGUAAAGAAUGUCACUUUGCUGCAAGAAAACGAAAGUCCAGUGGAAAAUUCUGACGUAUUCACACUGAAAAGAAUAUACUACGUGAAUAAAUCGAGUAGCGAUUUGCGAAAAGUCAUAUCAACUGUACAAGGUAAAUACAAAGCAUCUACAAAAGUUUUGCGUCACUAGUUGCUCCCUCUGCAAGGAGGUUAUGUAAACUUAUGUUUUCAUCAUUGUUUGUAUGUCUGUCUGUGUAUGUCUGUAGCACGAUAACUAUAUAAAAAAGAGACUAAUGGACAUUGUUCAUGCAAGAAUAAAUAGUUAAAUUUUGGUUAAAUUUAGAUGAGAAUUGGAUGAGAGUGAAUUAGAAAAAUGUUAGCCAAAUAUUUUUUGUAUGUAGGGAGAUGCUAUGUAGGGAGCUAGCUGCUCUAAAUAUUUUCCGGCUGCUGUCGGUAACAUGUAUUUCUUUCCAUACAGUGGUUUUCUAGAUUUUUGAGAUUUAAUUUUGCUUUUCUCUGGAAGAUCUCAUUACUGUGCAAAUGGUACAAAACUUUGGUACAUUUUUAGAUUUUCACAGUAUAUAGAAGUGUCUCCAGUUUACCUGUAUGCCUGACUGAGUGUAAUAAAGAAAAAAAAUUCCGGUUACUGCUGCGGACAAUCUUUUCUAGAUUUAUUAUCACCAUGACAAAAUUACUGGAUGCUGAUUGGUUGAGAGGAGUACAAUUCUUUCAUUAAUUGUACUGCAGUACAGUUAAUGAUUUUCCCAAAACAAACAAAAUGGCGGAAAGGUAUUUUAUUAAACACAAAUGAAAUUGCCCUAGAGUAACAUAAAGCAAAAGAACUAAAUGAAAAUACGAACAAAGGCACUAAAUUUUGGUUGAAAAUCUGGCAGGACUGGGCUUUGGCAAGAGAAUAUGAUGUUGACACUGAGAAUUAUCCAGUCAGUUUGUCAUGCUAACAAUAAAUAAGUAAUCACGCGAUGUUGCUCGUACAAUUAGGGAUUAAUAGUGCUCGUGAUGUUUGGAAAUUUUGCCAAGUUGGACGAGCCUCCCAAUUUAGGUAAAAUUUCCAAACAUCACCAGCAGUAUUAAUCCCUAAUUGUACCUAUACUUAGUUAGUGCACCAGUUAUACCAGCAUUAUCAUCAUGCAAAAAAAAUGCUGGAAUAAAUUCGAAAUAUAAUUGGAAAAAAUCACGCUCAAUGGAUAUCAAUAACACGUUAUCAUAUUAUUGAAAUUACUGUUCAACAAAUUAUACCAUACACGGGUUUUUUUUUAGAUUCUGGUGGAGUAGAGCCAUGGUAUACACUGAUCCAGUAUAUUUUUAAAGGAAAGGAACACCAAGUCAGCAGUGUUUUACCACAUGGUAACGCAAAGACGACCAAGCCGUAUGCACGUUUGAUGUCGAGUACCAGGAAUGCAUUGCAAGCUUCCCUUAAUGGUAAAGAAACAGUGAGUAAUGCGCUGGACAAUGUAUAUCGUUCCGUUGGAGACGUUACCCACGCACAUAGUGUUGGACAACUUCCAAGAGGUCCACAAGAUAUUUACAAUGCCAGGUAAAUAUAAUUAAAGAUAUAAACACGUGAUCUUAGUUCAAAAGAUUUGUCUCACCAAUUGGGUGAUAUGAGCUACAGAAAAAUAUUAACCAUGUUUAAAAUUAUACAGACAAUUAUUAGCUGAUUGUAGAGUACGGUCGUUAACACAAGAUACAUGCACUCGAUGUAUUUAUUUGACUGCUGUGCACUGUAUCACGCAAGCAGAAACUAUUACUUCACCCGUGGCAACGCAUUGGUUCAUUGUUAUUGCAAACUAUUGCUGUAAUUAUGAUAUAACCUGUUCACAGGAUCUUAUCUUAAGCAAUGUUUAAAUCUUUAGUAAUCUCUGUAAAUUUUGUUCAAACAACUAUUGUUUGCAUUCACAGGUGUGCAGCAAAGAAAGAGGCUGAGAAUCCCACUUCCAGAGGUCCUACUGCUGAGGUACGAGGAGUUUGGGAGCUUUUGGAGAAAGCCAAAAGGGAAGAAAAAGAAGAUGUUGGGGUUCCGCCUUCAUUCGAGAAUGCAGAAUACAUCCGGACUUUCUUGUUGUUCUGGCAAGCGAUCGCCAGCUUCGUAACCUGAAAAUUCCUGCACCAACCCAAGCAAAUUCUGCAUUUUUGGAGCUGACCCGGCCUUCAAUAUUUUCCAGGAAAAUAUCAGUUUAACUGUGACUACUUACAGAAAUUUAAAGCUCCAUCACGGUUCAACAAAAAAACCACCGGUGUUUAUUGGCCCCAUUCUAAUGCACAAGCAUAAAGACUGGAAAACAUACUCCAGAUUUGCCAACACGCUUAUCACAGAAUGCCCCGAUCUUGAAGGUAUCAUAGCUUGUGGAACUGAUGGGGAGAAAGUUUUAAUAAAUGGAUUAAAGCGAAACUUUCGCUUCGCACUGUUCUUGCGUUGUUUCAUACACUUUAAAGACAACGUGAAACGAGAGUUACAGCAACGGGGGUUGUCAUCGACAACAAAGAACUUGUUUCUGGCAGAGAUCUUUGGGAAACAGGAAGAGGAUGUGAAGUACACUGGUCUAGUUGAUUGUGGCAAUGUCGAAGAGUUUGAUUCCAAACUUCAAGGUUUGCAGAAGAAGUGGGACGAGCGCGAAGCAGCAGAAAAUAACUCAUCCAAAAGGUCAUCAACAUUUUAUGAAUGGUUUUUGAAAGAAAAGGUACGACAAAUUUUGUAA